GAAAAGUUUAAAUAAAUUGUGGUGCAUGUAUGUGUGUGAGUGUGAUGUGAGAGGAAAUUAACCAUUUUUGUCGAUUUUCAUUUAGUAUAUUGUUGCUACGUCUCGAAUUUCAUGACGUCACAAAAUAUAGGUCAAGGUACAAGGCCUUUGUCAUUUUUGCACAUGCUCGCUGCGGUUUGUUUACAUUUUCUUUUGCAGCGAGUCACGCGUUUUUUUAAUUUUUCACGAAAACUAGUUUUAGCAAAUUACGGAAAAUAGUUCCGAUGAAAUGUUCAGUACACAGUAUUGGCCUCCGCAUUCUAAAUCAUACGGAAGCUAAAUUCGUCAUUCGUUCCGUUCGGUUUUCAUUGCCACGGCCGAACGUAUACGAAUUUAGUGAUUACAUUACUUUUUCUACAGUAUUAUUGGAACACACAACUGAAAUUGAAGAGCUCUUAAAGCAAAACGAACGAUAUUUUGAAGAAAAAAAGUAUUUAAUUUAAAUUCAAUUAUUGUUGGUGAAUUUGCAAAAUUGUUAAAAUAAAAAGCAUUUGUAAUCAGAUAGAAUUGAUAAGAAAAAUUUGGAUAUUAUUAGUUCCCAGUACAAAAACCAAUACAGGAAUGGCAUUGAGCACAGCUAAACACUUUUUCACCAAAUAUCCUCUGGCAAGAGGAAUGCUUGCGUACAGUAUAACGUGGCCAACAGGAAAUUUAAUUCAACAGACAAUUGAUGGCAAAAAAUGGGACACUUACAAUUGGAAUAAGUGCUUACAGUUUGCAUUGUACGGGUCACUUUAUGUCGCUCCAAGCUUGUUUGGAUGGAUUAAGUUGUCGUCGAAAAUUUGGCCAGUGUCCAAUUUUCGGACGGCGAUUAUGAAAACUGUAACCGAGCAACUGUCGUACGGCCCAUUGGCAACGGCAUCAUUUUUCUUCAUCUUGAGUUUGAUGGAUCACAAAACGGUUGAAGAAAGCAAACAAGAAGUUUGUGAAAAAUUCUGGCCAACAUACAAGAUCGGUGUUUUUUAUUGGACUACAGUGCAAACGUUGAACUAUACACUAGUUCCUGAAAGAAAUCGUGUGCCUAUUGUGAGCUUAUUUGGCUUAAUUUGGACAACGUUUUUAGCAUACAUGAAACAGACAUCACCACCACAUGAACACAAUAAAGUGCAACAUAUUGUAGAUGCUGAUUAACACAAACAUUCCGCCGCACUCAGAGAAUGAACUAAUUACCUUUAUGCUGUUUUGUUUGACAAUUAUUAACUCAUUGUAUCAUUGUUUUUGAAGCAAUUUAAUUUAUAAACGAAUUAUUUUUUUAAAGCCAAAUGAUGCGUGUUAGAGAAGUCUUUACGAGGUAUCCCUUGAUCAGAGGUAUGGUGUCCUACAGUUUAAUCUGGCCAACCAGUGCGUUUAUACAGCAAAAAAUUGUGGGAACACAAUGGGAUUCAAUUGAUUGGGCCAAGUGUGUUAGGUUUUCUAUCUAUGGUGGUUUCUAUGUAGCGCCGACACUUUACACAUGGAUUCGAAUAUCAAGUCGAUUAUUUCCACAAAACACACUCCGAGCGGCUGUAUCAAAAGGUUUGCUAGAACAAAUCUCGUAUACCCCAAUUGCCAUGACGAGUUUUUAUUUUCUCAUGAGUUUACUCGAAGGCAAAAGUAUAGAAGGUGGAGUCGAUGAGGUGAAAAGUAAAUUUUGGCCAACAUACAAGGCUGCAAUGUGUAUAUGGCCGGCCGUUUCGACGUUCAACUUUGCAUUGGUACCCGAAAAAAAUCGUGUUGUUUUCAUAAGCGUAUGUAGUUUAAUGUGGACCUGUUUCUUGGCUUAUAUGAAACAAUUAAGUAUCGAAACCGAAACUAACGCUUCAAAUACAACACAAUUCGAACAACACAACAACUAGUCAUGUUCGAAAAUACGUUUAUUUCGAAAUGUCACUUUUGACAGUUCGCAUUAAAUUGUUUAGUCAGUAAGUUAGUACAUUUUAUAUAGUACACAUUGACAUCGUAAAUAAAUCAAAAGGUCACACAAAAAAAAAA